CAAUUCUGACGAAUGGCAAUCAUAGUAGUCAUAAUUAUUAUUCUGUGUAAGUCACUGAAGAUGUUGUGGUUCCCUAAUUUCGUACAAGCACAUGAGUUCAGUUCACAUUCAGUGAUGGAAUGUGGGUGUGAAAGGUUGUGGGCUUGGAUCCAUGAUGUAUUAUAGAAAUGCAUUUUGAAAUGAAUGCUGUAAUGAAAACCUUUGAUUGCAUUUGUUUUUCCACAUAGCGCUCGUGCUUCAUUAACAGUACAAUGGACCUCCUGGGACUGUUACAUGUCCAAUGAACCAAGCAUUUUUCAAUUUUGAAUGUAGGUUGUGAUUUAUACUCAGCGACAGGAUUUUGUGUUUCAGCCUACUGUGUUCAAUUAACUGCAAAAAUAAAUACAUUAAGAAAAGUGUUUGUCGGUGUACUUAAGUGGUGUAACUGUAUAACAGUUCUGUGGUGUUAUGUGGUGACGCGGGAGGGGCAAAUUAUUCGAGAGGUCGAGAGGAAAAGCAAUACAAUUCCGCAUUUUUGAUCCAGCUUCUGAAGUGAAUCAAAUACGAUUGUGCAAGUGUACCUGUUAUCUUUCCAGUAUUUGCAUAUUAAGAUAAGAUAAGAUAUCCUUUAUUUGUCCCACACUGGGGAAAUUUACAGUCUACAGCAGCAAGAUUGUGGGUAGAAAGAAGAAAGAAGAAAAACAAAGUGUUUGCAUUCACAAAAUACAUGUUACAGUUUAGUAGUACAGUAGUAGUGCCAUGGAGUCUUUCUUUGUCCCACCAGGGUUUAGCUAGUGUGAUUAUAAAGAGACCAAAAUCUCUUUAAUGGGGGCCCUGUAGCGACGCCACUCAAAGAGCUUUGAUCUACGUCUACGAGAACAGCUAAACUAGCCUAGCCGAGACAACAGCUAAACUAGUACAAAUGACACGACGCUCGAGGUCGGACGGACACGCUCUCACUGGUGGUCUUGUCAGUAAGUCUCGAAUUGUGAGCCGCCAUGGGAGACUGGAACCUGUUGGGGAAACUGCUAGAGAGCGCCCAGGAGCACUCGACUGUUGUGGGCAAAGUGUGGCUGACGGUUCUCUUCAUCUUCCGCAUCCUGGUGCUGGGAUCCGCGGCGGAGAAGGUGUGGGGAGACGAGCAGUCGGGUUUCACUUGCGACACCAAGCAGCCCGGUUGUCAGAACGUGUGCUAUGACAAGACCUUCCCCAUUUCCCACAUCCGCUUCUGGGUGAUGCAGAUCAUCUUUGUGUCUACGCCCACUCUCAUUUACUUGGGACACAUCCUCCAUUUGGUGCGCAUGGAGGAGAAAUUGAAAGACAAGGAGAAGGAACUGGCUCUACAGAGUGAAAAGCAGCAGCAAAUACUUGGCAACAAGGCCAAGAAGACAUUAAAGCCCAUCAAAGACAACCAAGGGCAUGUGCACUUGAGAGGAGCACUACUUCGGACUUACGUCUUCAGCAUUAUCUUUAAGACCCUUUUUGAAGUGGCUUUCAUCAUAGCGCAGUACUUCCUGUAUGGUUUUGAGCUCAAGCCAAUGUACCGCUGUGACCGUUGGCCUUGCCCAAAUGUGGUCAAUUGCUACAUCUCCAGGCCCACCGAGAAGACCAUUUUCAUCCUCUUCAUGCUGGCUGUGGCCUGCAUCUCAUUGCUGCUCAACUUAGUGGAAAUGUACCAUCUCGGCUUCACCAAAUGCCAUCAGGGCAUUCGCUACAGGCGGACGCAGGCAGUGAGAGAACCUGCGGAAACCGUCAUCCCUUUUGUCUCCAACUACAACUACUUCCCAAGUGGCCCCGCGGGGUCUGAACCCUUCCCAGUGGAAGCAAAAUACGGCAUCGCUGAGCCAAAUCCACCCUACAGCCCCUACAGCAGCAAGGUGAUGUAUAAACAGAACAGAGACAACAUGGCCACAGAGGAGAAAGGUAAAACAGACGGAGAUGAUGGAAGGGAGAGGAAAAUCUCCACCUCGUUUCAAGAGAUGUCCAUGGAAAGUCAGCGCAGAAACAGUCAGUCCAGCAAACACAGCAAUAACAAAAGCAGGAUGGAUGACCUAAAAGUAUAGACUUUUUUUAAGUCUUGAGUAAGCAAAAAAAAUAUUUUGGGUUCUAUGACUGAGAUGAACAGUUGGAGAGCUCUUAAGGAGGCCAGGUUGCUACACAAAAUAAUGUUUAUGUUGAAAUGCCUUUUUUUUGUGAUAUAAAAAAAAGACAAAUCUAAAAUGAUCAAAUCAUUAAAAAACGUUCCCACUCCAGUAUUAAUUGGUUAAAUAAAGGUCAAAGUAACUAGAAAAUAUAAUGUUUAGAUUCCAAUAGGGCUUGUUGCAGGAUGCUGUCGCCCACGUGUUGGAUCUCAUAUUAAGCAAGUGUUAUGGCCAGUGAAUCGAGGAACUAAGAAGGAUUCAAACCAUUUAAAGAUUGACCACUCUUUACUCUUUAUUACUUUGGAACAACAUUAAUAACUGAAAAAAAGAGCAAGAAAA